AUGGGCAACAUGGCAACAGAGAUCGUUGCCUUCGUCCUGACGAUCUCCGGGUGGAUCCUGGUGUCGUCCACCCUGCCCAUAGACUACUGGAAGGUGUCGUCUGUGGACGGGACGGUCAUCACCACGGCUACAUUCUGGUCUAACCUGUGGAAAACAUGUGUGACCGACUCCACCGGCGUGUCCAACUGCAAGGACUUCCCUUCGAUGCUGGCGCUGGAUGCCUACAUCCAGGUGUGCCGGGGGCUGAUGAUCGCCUCCGUGUGUCUGGGGUUCUUUGGUGCCGUCUUGGCCUUGGUAGGAAUGAAGUGCACCAAAAUAGGAGGCUCUGAGGCCACCAAGGCUCGCCUGACCGUCGUCUCGGGCUUCCACUUUGUCCUCAGCGGCCUCUGCUGCAUGACUGCGUGCUCCAUAUAUGCUCACAGGAUCACGACAGACUUCUUUGACCCCCUCUUUGUUGCCCAGAAGUUUGAGCUGGGAGCGGCUCUCUUCAUCGGCUGGGCCGGAUCCGUGCUGUGCAUCCUGGGGGGACUCAUCUUCUGCUUCUCCAUGCCCGAGGGCUCCAGCGACAGGCGAUACUCAUACGCUGGAGCUGCAUCGUUUGUGACGGCACGCAACAAGUGCAGGAAGACAGUCAACAGCCUUCAGAAGGAACCGGGGGAGUCGGGCCGGCAGUUUGGAAGAAACGCAUAUGUCUGA